CAAAUAACAAAUGAAGGCAGAGAACAUCGAAAUGACGACAAUGUCCACCUGCUACUUGCGGAAAUUACGAUCAUAGAUACCAAACUUAUACCAGUGCAGUUUUUGUUCUCCUGUCUAAAGAUAGUGAUACGGCUAGCCGAAGUUUCAUCCACCCAAAUAAAAAAUUUAAAUUUGGAUCCACCAAAUUUACCCAAUUACUAAAAGCUUCCCCACUUUUCUCUAAGGGUAUCAUGGUAAUUGAAGGAGAAGGUGGGUCCAGCUGACUAAGGCCAAUAGGGUGAGCGAGUACUGACUUGAACUUCUUCCCAGUUGUUGUACGCAACCCAUUACAGCAGAGGUUUGCUUGUUUCUUCACCUUCCACAAGGCUUUAGUGCAGGACCACCUUGCUCUAGGGACUUCAGGUGACAAUGGAAAGCCAUGACAGAGAUGAGAUUCAUAAUUGUGUGAUCAAGCUGCGAGUGAAUCCACAAAAACGAAGGGAAAAAGUUUUCAUUGGCUGUGGAGCUGGAUUUGGAGGUGACAGGCCAUUGGCUGCUCUGAAGUUGCUUAAGAGAGUCAAAGAUCUAAACUAUCUUGUACUGGAAUGCCUAGCUGAACGUACGCUUGCUGAACGAUAUCAAGUUAUGGUCUCUGGUGGUGAUGGUUAUGAUUCACAGAUUUCAGAAUGGAUGCGUUUGCUCCUACCUUUGGCUAUGGAGAGAAGAGUUUGUAUAAUUACAAACAUGGGUGCAAUGGAUCCCUGUGGUGCCCAAGAAAAGGUUCUAGAAAUAGCCAGUAGCUUGAGGCUUAGUGUCUCUGUUGCUGUGGCUCAUGAGAUUGUUGUCAAAACAUCAGGUUCAGGCAAAACACAUUUAAUGGAAAGUGGUAUUAGCACAUAUCUGGGAGCAGCUCCUAUAGUGGAAUGUUUGGAAAAGUACCAGCCGAAUGUGAUAAUUACAUCAAGAGUUGCAGAUGCUGCCCUAUUCUUAGCACCAAUGGUUUAUGAACUAGGUUGGAAUUGGAACGACGUAAAGCAGUUAGCACAGGGGUCUCUGGCUGGCCACCUUCUAGAGUGUGGCUGUCAACUCACAGGGGGAUUUUUCAUGCAUCCAGGGGACAAGUAUCGUGACAUAUCUUUCCCUCAGCUCUUAGAUCUGUCACUUCCUUAUGCUGAAGUCAGUUUUAAUGGAAAUGUGUGUGUAGCAAAGGCAGAAGGUAGUGGUGGGGUAUUAAAUGUCAGUACAUGUGCUGAACAACUUCUUUAUGAGGUUGGUGAUCCUGGUGCUUAUAUCACCCCUGAUGUGAUCAUUGAUGUUCUGGAUGUUUCAUUCCACCCAUUAUCAAGCUCUAAGGUACUCUGUGCUGGGGUAAAGCCAGCUGCUGCAUCAGUGCCUAUUACACUCCUGCAGUUGGUUCCAAAGGACUCUGGAUGGAAAGGAUGGGGAGAGAUAUCCUAUGGAGGAUCUGGAUGCGUUAAACGUGCUAAAGCUGCUGAAUUUCUGGUUAGGUCAUGGAUGGAUGAAGUCUAUCCUGGUGUUAGCUGCCGUAUACUUUCUUAUAUAAUUGGACUUGAUAGCCUGAAGGCAACUAGCAUUGAUGACAAUGCUUCAUGGUGGGAAACUGGUGAAGAUAUUAGGUUACGUAUGGAUGGUUUAUUUGAGUUGAAGGAACAUGCUAUCCAAUUUGCUAGAGAGUUUACAGCUUUAUAUACAAAUGGACCAGCCGGUAGUGGUGGCAUCAGCACAGGGCACAAGAAAGAGAUUGUUCUUGAGAAACAACUGGUUGACCGCGAACAUGUUCUAUGGCGAACUGGAGUGAAACAGACCCCAGUAGUAGAAUCCAAUAACCAAGGAAUUGGCUCUGAAGAUCCGACAAAAACCUGUGUUUUGCAUGAAUCGGAAUUGCCACCAACGACACCCACCGAUGCCAAUAACUUCUGCACCGAUUUAUCAUCUCCCCAUAUCGAUCCCUCUCCUGCUCCAUAUGGCCAGAAGAUUCCACUCUAUGAUGUAGCACAUAGCAGGGCUGGUGACAAAGGAAAUGACUUGAACUUCUCCAUCAUCCCACAUUUCGCUCCAGAUAUUGAGAGGCUCAAGUUGAUCAUAACACCCCAAUGGGUAAAAGAAGUGGUCUCGACUCUUCUAAGUACCUCUUCAUUCCCCAACUCAGAUAGCAAUGAUAAGGACAAAUGUGUGGAUGAACAUGUCAAGGUGGAAAUAUAUGAAGUUAAGGGAAUACAGUCUUUGAAUGUUGUGGUGCGAAACAUUCUAGAUGGUGGUGUCAACUGCUCUCGGAGAAUUGACAGGCAUGGUAAGACCAUCUCAGAUCUCAUAUUGUGUCAGCGAGUCAUAUUGCUUCCCUAAUUCUCUGGUUCAAGGAAAUGUAGCACAGUUUUCUCUUAUGGUGUGCACCUGAUCUGCAGUAUUACCUUCCUGGCUUCCUUCCCCUAUUUAUUGUCAGUAUGUUAUAUACAAAUACAAUCUAUAAUGGUAGACUUUGUCUUGCAAAUAAGUGUGAUGAAACUUUGGAGCUACCAUUUGAAUGUGUGCGUACUUG